UAUCACAUAUGCACUGACAGUCUCCAAAUUUGAUCUUUGUGAAGACCUAACAUGAUUUCUUUCACGUUUAGACAACAUCAAGGACCUUCAAAUCGUCUCGGUUGACAAAGGAGUGUAAUCGAUAAACUGCGCAACAGGUCCCGUGACGUGUAGUUGUUUUUCACCCGUUUCAGCGAUUGCAACGGGACCAGGACUCGACGAGAUUCGGAUAUGGGUCUCGCUGGCUGUUUCAGAGUUUUGCUUUUCAUUGAAAACUUCAUCUUCUGGCUGAUUGGUGUAGCCUUGAUCAUCGUGGGUUCAUACAUCCUGGUUGCCCCAAACCUUCCCGCCUUUUUGCGGAUUCUGGAAGGCUCGCAGGUUAUUUGCUAUGUUGCUAUUGGACUGGGAGCUUGUCUCUUCAUCAUCGGAUUCUUUGGAUGUUGUGGUGCCUUUAAGAAGAACUCUUGCCUCCUCAAGACAUAUGCUGGACUACUGAUUGUCCUUGUUCUCCUGGAAAUCGCUGCUGCCAUUCUCAUCUGGCAACUGGAAGAACAGUUUAUAUCCGUUCUGGCAAUGGGAUGGAACUCACUGGACGAGCCCAGCGUCAACAUCCUACAACAACAGUUUGCUUGCUGUGGAUUCAGUAGUCCAGGCGAGAAUGUCACCACCGUGUCUCCGGAUACCACCCCAGACUCAUGCCUUGACGCGUCAGGAGCAGUCUUUGAAACCGGUUGUUACGACAAACUGAAGCUGGCGAUUCUGGACAACAUUGUCAUCUCUGCGUCGGUAGCGGGCGGUGUUGCCCUUCUGCAGAUCAUCAGCAUCAUUGUCUCUUGCCUCCUGGGCAGAGAGGAGAAACAAGUCACAGUUCGGCCGGCACCAGCAGGAAGACAGGCGUGGGGUACAGGCGGAUAUGCCUAGAUGGAAGCAUUCUUAGCUCUGUUUGGACACUAACAAAUGUGAAAGAUCUGCAAAGAACUACCCCAAAGCCUACUCAUUACUUUUUGUGAAGGAUCAAACUUGUUGGUUUUGUUACAGCUGAUUUAGAAUCAUCAUCACCUGGCACUAAUUUUUAGUUUGGUCACUGUAACAAAACUACUUCUCGAAAAGACUUAUAAUCAUCAGCUGACCGAUUGCAUACUUGCCAUCAUUGUACAUUAUCUUAAAAAGAUGAUAUAUAAUAUUAAGCAUAUCAGCAAAUUUUAAAGCCUUGCGACUUUGUCAAUAUUUUCAACUGAGUUGGGAAGGUUUGCUAUAUUUUGCAGCUGAGAGUAGAUAUUCAGAGUCCACCUGUUGACUUCUGGUGGCAUUGAUUCAAAGCGUGAAAGCUAUGUCACCUUUCGUAAUCAUGGCUUUAGCUUGACUUUCUAACUUUAUUCUCCUGCCUAAAUUAGAUUUUUUUUAAGUGGCUCUCCCCGUGCUAUAUUCGAGUUUAUAGGGAAUAUACAACAUUUGCAAACAUCAAAAACAAAACUACCAAAAUAUCAUAAAAUAUGUUACUGGACUGUUAA